AUGUCCAAGGAAGCUCCCCUUUCAGUUUCGGAGCGUGACUUCAUCCUUGAGGCUCUGCGUCAGGAUGCACGUCUUGAUGGUCGCAACCUGGACCAAUUUCGUCCUCUCAGGAUCGAUUUUGGCGAUGAGUACGGACAUGUGAGCCUGCAGCUUGGCAAGACAAGAAUUAUUGUCCGUAUUUCUGCCGAGGUCACUAAGCCUCGCGAGGAUCGCCCAUUCGAUGGUCUCUUCAAUAUCAACCUUGAGUUGACUGCGAUGGGUUCUCCGGCUUGGGAGAAUGGCCGGUCUAGUGACCUCGAAGCCUAUGUUACCAACAUCCUCGACACCGUCAUCCGCCGUUCCAACGCCCUCGAUACCGAAUCGCUGUGCAUCAUCAAGGGUGUGAGCUGCUGGAGCAUCCGUGCAGAUGUACAUGUUGUCGAAUAUGACGGCAAUCUGACAGAUGCGGCCUGUAUCGCCAUCAUGACGGGACUACAACACUUCCGCCGGCCGGAUGCUGUGGUGCGCGAUGGCCGAGUCAUUGUCUACGGCGUUGAGCAACGAGUGCCAGUUGCACUUAACAUCACGCACAAGCCACUGUCAAUCACCUUCCAUGCCUUCAAUGAGAGUCAGAACAUUAUUGUGGAUGCGACGCGAAAAGAGGAACAAACCUCCGAGGGAGACCUGGUUAUCGGUAUCAACAAUGGAGGAGAAACCUGUUUCCUUUCCAAAACCUCCGGGUCGCCUCUCGAUGCGAUGGCCAUUGUGACCCGUACCAAUUCUGCCCUCGCACAUGUGAAGAGGAUCAAUGCACAGAUUGAGCAGGUAAUGCAAGCGGAUCUGGCAAAGCGAGCGAAGCUAGGCAUGGCGGAAGAGUCUCGGGCAGAGAAUGACCGGUAA